AUGGAUGUUGAUUGGUCAGGCCAUUUGCAUGUAAAGACUGAUGUAUAUGGGUUUGGAGUUGUUCUGGUUGAGAUGCUGACUGGUUUACGUGCAAUUGACAAGAAAUGUUCGAUUGGGCAACAGAAUCUCAUUAAAUGGGUUAAACCAUAUGUGACAAAUCGAAGAAAGUUGAAAGAUAUGAUGGAUUCCCGGUUGGAGGGAAAAUAUCCGUCUAGACAGGCUUCACAGUUAGCUCACCUUGCUAUUAAAUGUCAUCAACUCACUCCCCGGUUGCGGCCAUCAUCGACAGAAGUUGCGGAAACGCUUCAGCAGAUUCAAGCAGUUCAGAUUAGAUUAGGGGAGCCUAAAAUCCCUUCUGGUUAUCACUUCGAAGCAGUUGAAGAAAAUGAAUGCCGUGGACGUGGAGUAGCAUAUUCUUGUGCAAAUAGGCUGAGAAACCAUGUUUGCCCUCAUGCUGCGGUGAUUUUUCCUGAUCCAGUGUCAACCUAUGGUUCAAAACUUGAGGUUAUAAGUCAGGCCACUACCAAUCCCAUUGUUCUUCGUGGAAUAUAA